GAGUUUCACGACUUUGUUUUGUUGUGACAUGUGAUAUUUGUAUGUUUUGUUCUGAUUUUCUAUCCGCCAAAUUUGAAAUAAAAAUUAAAAACGUUGUUUUAAAGAAAAAUAAUGAUAUUUGUUUAUUGUUAUAAUGCUUUCUGCGUCUAAAAUAAUAGGCUAAUGGAAUCGGGCAAUAACGGUGACGAUGUUAAUGUAGAAAAAUUCGAUAUAAAGUUGAAAUCAAAGCCAAAAGAUGGUGUCAUACUGCAACUCCAUCACACUAUUCGUGGAUCGAACGGGGAGAGCCGAAGAAUUCGUUUUUCUGUCGGCGCUUUCGAGGACACCCAUGAGAAAUUGGCCUGUGCUGACAAUGUUGGUAACAUUUUUGUUUUUGACUUUGCCGACCUGAAGUUUUGGAAACUCAAAAACCAGGACCCAUGCUCUGCGAUGCUGUUCGAUCCUUAUAAGUUAGACGCUCUUGCUGUUGCUAAUGCAAAAAAUUUCUCUAUUAAUUUCGUAGACAUCGAGUCUGGAGAUGUACAAUUUGCUCUAACCGGUCAUUCAGCGCCUGUUAAACAUGUUGCAUUUUCAAAUAACAAAAUAAACAAUCUACUAACAGCUAGUCCAGUGGAAGCAAUUCUAUGGGAACUCAGAAAUUAUACGAAAUAUUUCACUCUGAACACUUAUACCGGAGCACAGAUACAGCAAAUUCUAUUCACACCGGGUGGCGAUUAUUUAGUCGCUUGUUUUCAAAAUGAUACUGUGCAAGUAUGGCGACACGAGACAAUGAAGUCUGUAAAACAAAUUAUACCAAGGGAAUUAAAACAUUUGAAGAAUAUAGCAUUCACAAUGAACGGCAGAGCGAUGGCCAUUGCAGGGCUCGCUCCUAUAUUGAUACUGUUCAGUAUGGACACAUGGAAGGCUAUAAAAUCCCUUGAUUUACUCAAAUACAAAAUAUCAGGAGUUCAACAAAUUGCUUUCAUACCUCAAAUGUUUGAUGGCGGUGCCAACAAAAUUCUUGCCAUAUUAAGCGGGGACUGUGUACUACAUUUUCUAGAUUUAGAUACACUCAAAAUUAUUCACAGCAUAAACCCUGAGUCAUCAGGUAUAAGAAGGUUUUCUGUGAGCCCCACAGGGAAAUACUUUUUUUGUAUUUUACAGUUAGGUGAAGUAAACAUAUACAAGACAUCUCAUGUAAUGGAUUUAGCCCAUAGCUCUAUUGAGGAGCCCAUAAAAAAAGAUCUUCCUUGUUCUUCGGUUACCCAUAAAUGUGUUACAAAUAAGCAGUCAGCUACCAAAGUUGAAGUGGAAGAGAAGAUGAGAUUAUGCAUGGACAGUGCUAGAUUGAGAAGAAUAUUAAUGCAAUAUGGAGAAUAUCCUGAUAAAUUUCGCUCAAUCAUUUGGAGAUCUCUUCUUGUGACACCAAAAAACAAAAAGGCAUACACAGCUUUGAUAGACCGAGGUAUCCACCCAGCUUAUAAAGAUAUUGAAAAACAAUUCACUAUACACAGUUCUGUUACACUGAAGAAUUUAAAAAGAUUGCUGUCCUGUCUUGCUCACUGGUGUCCACUGUUUGCAGUUAUGAAGUUUCUGCCCAGUUUUGUUUUCCCAUUUGUGAAAGUGCUGCAGAAGGAUCCUCUGCUAUUGUUUGAAUGUGUAGCAACAGUUCUAAUCAACAACUGUCAACUUUGGUUUGAGUAUGCACCAUUUCCCCCAAUCAGUAUAUUAGCAAUGAUUGAAAACAUUUUAGCAGAACAUGACCAACAUUUGUUGGAUCACUUCUGUGGCCACGGAGUGACAAGUCAGACAUAUGCAUUAAAAAUAUUAGAAACAGCUUUCAGUGAAGUUUUAACUUGCUCAGAAUGGCUAAUACUCUGGGACCAUAUUCUCAGCAAUGAACCAGCUUUUAUAUUGAUGGCUGUUGUUUCCUACAAUAUUGUCCACAGGAAUGCUUUGCAAAGACUGGACAGUCAUGAGCAGCUAGAAAACUUUUUUCACAUGCAAAAUCCCAUAGAUAAAAAAGCAUUUUUAAAAAAGACAUAUGUUUUACUUAAUGAAACACCAGAGGAAAUACAUCCUAGAACAUUUUUCACCAGUUUUACGUCUUUAGAAAAGGGUUCCUCCUAUCAGCAAUUCACUGGUUACCCAAAAGCCACUAUCUGCCUCAAGUUAGCCAAGACUCAGAGGAAAAAAGCGCAAGAAAAGUGUACAUUAAAAGAAGUUACUACUAAAACUCAGCAACAAGAAAUUAACAAGAGAUGUCAUGUAAAAAAUAAGUCAGACAGUGAGGCAGAAGACAGCACUGACAAUGAGCAGGAAGAAUAUAAUAAUUUUAUUGCUAGUGUUGAAGGGUUUAAGAAGAAAUUAAGCAAUAAGCAGGAAAAUUUUGGAGGCCAUCUCAAAAAUGAAAUAAAAGAUGAAUUAAUUGAAAGCAUUAUGUACCCUGUUACUACACACUUUCUUACAAAUAAAGGUAAAAAUAGUAAAUUAUGUAAAAAAAACUGCAAAAUCAGUAGUAGGUUACACUCACAAAAGCAUGCUACAGAAAAGUGUAAUACUCUUGAUAAAGAAGUCGAAGAAUUUAUUGAGAGUUGCAGCAAUUCUGAUGAAUCUGUUCAAUGAGUAAUUAGUAUUGUAUGUAAAUUAUUGGGAUUUUAAUAAAUUGGGUCAUGAAAAUUAAUUACUAUUUAAAGUUACGUUAUUUUAUUUUUCAUAUUCUUUGUAGUACACUUUUUUAAGUCAAUAAUGAUAAUGAGGUCAAUAAUGAUAAUGUUUAGAAUUCUGUUACAAAACAGAAAACCAACAGAGAGUUAAAUAAAAGUCUGAAAAAAGAAAGCAAA